AUGGAUGACUGCAAAAUGGAGAUAGAUAAUAAACGAAACAAGAAAACUCUUCUAGACAAGCAUGGACAGUACCCAAUAUGGAUGAAUUCCAGGCAAAGAAAGAAGAUGAAGGCACAGCGUGUUAAAGGGAAAAAAAAAUCAAAGGUGGCCAAAGGCCUAGUCUGGUAA